AUGGUAAAAGCUUUGCCUCGGUCGAUAAAUGAUGACAAUGUCAUCACUGUAGAGUUGAAGCGUAAAUUCUGUUAUAAACAUGGUCGAAAAGAACAAGUCCGCCCGGAAAUCAUACGGAGAGCAGCGGAAUAUUUAGUAACGUGUGAUCUGUUUCGGACAUAUGGUAUAGAACUUGAAGGUACAUGGACAAAUAAUGAACCUGAAGACACUGUCGAAUGUACCUGUAGUUCACCUGAGCAGGAGAGCAAUGUUGAUGAGAUCCCUGAUGUAAAUCCUGGUGGCACAGAAACUCUGUUAGAUGAAAACCAAGACAUAACAAUAGUUAUGGCUCCAGGAGAAGGUGAAAGGCCAAUUCCCUUGCUUUUUGAUCGACAUCUGGAAGAGCUGGCUUUAAUAAAAGUACAUUGCGCUAUUGAGCGAAAAUACCUCGUGAACUUAAGUCAUUCUGAAGAUACACGUUCAGAAAUUUCCAGAAAUGACAGGCGAGCUUUCAACAUGACGAUGGGUAUCGUGUUCUUGGAGGAAUUAGAAAUUCUCCUGCUCACUGGGAAAGUGAAAAAAAAGUUGUUGGCAAUGGUUAGAGAGUUCGUUGUUCCCACUUUAUUUUUAUCUAUAUCUGCUGCUGAAGUGCAAUGGAUUCCAUUAUUAAUUUUGCUUAGUGAAGUAGUUGAUAAGAAAAAACUUACUGAGCUUGAAGCGGAAAACUUGCCAUACGAUACAAAAACUCGCCUUAUACAAUCCAAUCCGUUCAUUUGCGCCACAUAUUUUGAAAUCAAAUUUAAAGAAAUUCAAAAAACCUGGUCCUGUUCGUCUGGACCUUUCUUAAAUUAUAAAAUCACUCACUUUUAUUAUCGCAUUGAAUUUCAGCAUAGAGGAUCGCCUCAUGCUCAUAUGAUGUUAUGGUUAGACGAAGCGCCCACUUUUGUACCCUGUGAUACAGCAUCUGCUCGUGAUAUUUCCAAAUUUGUUGACAAUAUUAUUUCCUGUAACAGCACUGGAGUACCUGAUGAACUUAGACGUCUACAACUACAUAAACAUACACAUACAUGCCGGCCAACAUCAGAUAGACUGUGUCGCUUUGGAAUACCAUUUUUCCCCAAUGGAUAA